AAAGAUUAUGUACAUGUAUGGUAAAGCAAAAUGGCAGCCUCCAUGAGCGAAAAACAUUAACCAGUUUCGACAAUGGCUUCAGUCGUAGAACAUAAUACCAGAGUAUAAGCCAGGCUAUGCUGGAAGGUUGAAAUCAUGUGAUGCGAAGGUUAACAAUAAUAAAGACAUUGGCUUUUAUUGGAAUUGGCUUCCUGCUUCUUCAACUCAUCAGCUAUGUUUCAAUCUUUAAAAAACAGCCAUUAAGCAAACUCGAGGCUAAUGAAGGUGAUUUACAGAAGGAAAAUAACCGUAAUCUCUAUAUCUUGGUGUACCUGUUCCAGUCAAAAUGCAAUGGUCACCUAGUUCCGGUCUUUGUGGUCGAGCCAGCUGUUCUGAAGGCGUGGAUCUCGGUCAAUGAAUCGACAGAUCACAACAAUUGUGUGUUCUUCUGUAAGGAAAAAAAUAUUGUGACGUUUGGUGUAUUGGACUCAGACUGGAAAAAUAAAAAUGAUGCGUUUAUUAAAUCCUUGAAAAGUGGUGGACUAACUGUUCGAAGGUUCACAGAGGAAGACCCAGGAUUUGUGUCUGCAAACCGGAGCUCAUUGGUUCACAUUCCCACACAUUACUUGAUUGGUCAAGGAAACCGAACGGACCCGCUCAUACAUCUGGUUGUCUUCUACACACGGACAGACAGUUAUUUCUGGCACAGUGCUAUAGUUCUUCCCCAAGGGCCUGAUCACGUGAUUCCUAAAAUCACCUUCGCACAUACAUCAGGGGCAUAUGACAGGUUUACGCUGACACGGGCCAGAAUUGAUGGACUAUGGGUGUUUCUACCUCACACUGUAAAGGAGUUUCUUAACCAGGUUCCUCAGUCAACAUUUAUCGAGUGUAACCACACCCGGGCUGCAUUGUUUGUUGGCAAAUACGGCCGAGAUGAUUCGAAGAAGGCGCAGCUGUUCACGAGGAAGUCUCGACAGUUGUUGUCUCGAGCUAAGGACGUCCUCGAUGAUCUCGGUGUUAGAUUCUGGCUGAGCAGUGGAACAUGUUUAGGUUGGUUUCGUCAGUGUGACAUCAUUUCCUACAGCAAGGACAUUGAUAUUGGAAUCUUCAUCAAGGAUUACAAGGAGGACAUUGUUAAUGCUUUUGAAAGUCGAGGUCUGCGACUGAAACAUGUCUUUGGAAAGGAAUCUGAUAGCUAUGAACUAUCAUUCCAAGCCGGAGAAAUCAAGUUGGAUCUCUUUUUUUUCUAUGAAGAGGUCGACCAUGUAUGGAAUGGCGGAACAGAGGCGUGGGUUGGCAACAAGUUCAAAUACAUCUUUCCCAAGUUUACACUUUGCUGGACGGAGUUGCUGGAAUUGCGUGUGCGAGUUCCGUGCCAGACUGAGUCGUACAUCAGAGCCAACUAUGGAGAAGACUGGUUCGUGCCGGUGGCCGCGUGGAACUGGAAGAAGAGCCCCCCAAACGUGCAGCCCAAUGGAGUGUGGCCCAAACAAGAGUGGGAAAAAGUGAUGCAAGUUUAUGAAUAACUAUUACACACAACAGUGUGCAAUGUGAUGUUUAUCGCAGUAGAUAUCCAAUGAUUCACAACUUUUUUGUUUAGCUCCCAAAUGAAUAAAAAUACCUAGUCUUUGGUUUAUUUUAUGUUCAUCCUUUUAUAUAUAUAUAUUGAAGUGUGGAUGAAAAAUUUAUUUAAUAAAAAUGAUAAACUUC